GUACCCAGGAAUCCUCGGGGCAGAGUCGUCACCAGCGUCCUUCGGAGCGGAAGGACUAUGGCGUCCGCUACUCGCGCUAUCCAAAAGCUGCGGAACUGGGCGUCUGGGCAAGACCUGCAGGCGAAGCUACAGCUGCGCUACCAGGAGAUUGCCAAGCGGACCCAGCCACCUCCGAAACUCCCUGUGGGUCCCAGUCACAAGCUGUCCAAUAAUUAUUACUGUACUCGUGAUGGCCGCCGGGAAGUUGUGCCUCCCUCAAUCAUCAUGUCCUCACAAAAGGCCCUGAUGUCAGGCAAGACAGCUGAGAGUUCUGCUAUGACAGCCACUGAGAAGAAGGCAGUGACACCUGCUCCUCCCAUGAAGAGGUGGGAGCUGUCCAAGGACCAGCCAUACCUGUGACCCUGCUCUACCUUGCUAUAUGUCACCAGGGCCACAUGAUUGCUUUUCCUCCUUGGAUUCCCUUGGGGAGAAUGUGACCUAAUUUAUAACAAAUACAUAGAGUUCCACAUUAUUUCCAA